AAAAAGCUUAAGCAUUUAUAAUUGAUCUCUGAAACAAAAAAGAAAAUAAAAGUUGAAUUAAGCAGCAGCGAAGAGAGAGAAAAUGGGGGUGACAAAGGAGGAAGUAGAGUCUGCACUCACGUCUAAGCUCAGCCCUGUUCAUCUCGAAGUAGUUGAUACCUCUGGAGGGUGUGGUGCAAGCUUUGUAGUUGAAAUUGUUUCAGGACAAUUUGAGGGCAAGAGAAUACUGGAGAGGCAUCGGAUGGUUAAUGCUGCACUCGAGAAAGAGAUGCAAGAGAUCCAUGCUUUGUCGAUAAAGAAAGCCUUGACACCCGAGCAGUGGAAACAACAGCAAGAUUCUGAAAAUCCACAAGCAGCUACCUAAGGAGGCUACACUACUACUCCAAGACGUUUAAUGCAGCUGAUAAAGUAGGACCAGAUUGUAAUUAGUGAUAUAUCAAAUCACGAAAGUAUGUUCUUAUUUGUUAUGAUGAUAUGCGGCAUAUGCCUAAGACACUCAACACUUGAAAAAACCCUUGAGGAUAUGUUGACCAUAAUUAAACAAUGUAAUAAAGUACAUCAGUAACUGAAUAUCAACUACAUCUAAUCAAAUGCUAAUCUGGUGCUUUUACA